GUCAUUUUUUUGUUCAAAAAUAAAGUCACGAUGUACGUGUGUGUGUGUGUGUGUGUGUGUGUCUCUGACAAUUAUCUGCUGUUAUUGUACGUUGAGUAGAGUGAAUACUAUUUCCUGCUGAUUAUUAGUACCGAUAUACAACUUUUUUUUUCCUUACCAACUAUUAUAAAUACAUAUUAUGUUAUUUGAUAAAGAAGAUGAGAAUGGUUCAUUAAACAAUAACUAUUAUAAUCAUACUUUACAUCCAAUGUAUACUAAUGGACCUACACCUUUUAAUACCUCACCUGCAUCGUCACCAUCUGUUGGUAACUAUGCAAUGUCAUUGUAUGGAACUAACAAUACCACUACCCAUGGUAAUUAAUAAUAAUAAUAAUAAUAAUAAUAAUAACAAUAACAAUAAUCGAUACCCCACCCAUUUACAACAACAACAGCAACAGCAACAACAACAACAAUCUUUAUCUAAUGACUUGACCGUUGCUAUUGCUCCAUCUUCGACCACAGCUACUCCUCAUCUAGCUCGACAAUUAAGCUAUGCUCAGAUUUCUCGACAAUCUUCAUCACCUCACCAUCAUGCUCGUGCAGCAGCAGCUAUGGCACGUAAUACACCUGUUUCCUCUACCAUUACCAUUACGGAUCCUAAUGAUCCUAACCGACCUGUUGCUACUAGAGGAGGGGGACAACAUCAUCUUAUAAAGGGAACAGAAGAAGAAGAAGAAGAGGUAGAACAUGUUUGGACCUCACUUGACCUGGGCGGGAUGGGAUUGAAGAAUAUUUCAAGUGCACUUUAUACCUAUCGUUUCCUCACUUGCCUCUAUCUCAACCAUAAUAAUUUAACCUAUCUGAUGCCUGAACUCUCUCAAUUAACACAACUCAAGACCCUGGAUGUCUCUGGCAACAACCUCACCCUCCUUCCACCUGAACUUGGACUUUUAUAUAAUCUAAGGGAAUUGCUCUUAUUUGAUAAUCGGAUCGUGACGUUACCUCAUGAACUAGGUAACUUGUAUCAAUUAGAGACACUUGGAUUAGAAGGCAAUCCACUUCAAGCUGACUUGAAGACGAUUUUAAUCAAGGAUGGAACUCAAGCUUUGAUUCUAUCACUUCGAGAAAAUGCACCUGUUGGUAUACCUCCUCCUCAUAGAGAAUGGUUAUUAAUAGAAGGAGAUACGUUAGAAGAUCCAGAUAAAUUUACUGUCUUGUGUUACAAUAUUCUUUGCCAGAAAUAUGCAACAGCUCAAGCUUAUGGUUACACACCAUCAUGGGCAUUAAAUUGGAAUUAUCGUAAAGAAUUACUCGUAUCCGAAAUAUUGAGUUACAACGCUGAUGUCAUUUGUCUUCAGAUGGGAGACUACGAGAGUGUGUUCUAUCCAAAGACGAGAGCAAAGAUUAUGGUAUCUGAAAGUGAAAGACGUGUAGUAGAUGGAUGUGCCACAUUUUACAAGACAACAAAGUUUCGUUUAAUUGAAAAGGAAUUGAUUGAAUAUAAUCAAAAGGCACUUCAAAGACCAGACUUUAAAAAGGCACCGGAUAUUUAUAAUCGAGUCAUGAAUAAGGACAAUAUUGCUGUAUUUACAUUAUUGGAAGAUAAAGAAAGCAAAAAACGUAUGAUUGUAGCCAAUUCACAUAUUCAUUGGGAUCCCUCAGAUUCAGACGUCAAACUCGUUCAAGUAGGUAUCCUUUUGGAUGAACUACAGACGUUUACACACAAAUAUACGACAACGACACAUACAUUAUUACCUACUGUUAUUUGCGGAGAUUUUAAUUCUUCUACUGAAUCAGGCGUUUAUGAAUUCUUUAGUAAAGGAUCUAUUCAACAAGAUCAUCAAGAUUUUGGAAAUUAUUCAUAUGGCAAAUAUACCACAGAGGGGCUCUCUCAUCCCUUUCAACUCAAGAGUGCAUAUAGUCACAUAGGUGAAUUACCUUUUACAAAUUAUACGCCUGGAUUUAAAGGCGUUUUAGAUUAUAUUUGGUAUACAACCUAUACAUUAGAUACUAUUUCAUUAUUAGCUUCUAUUGAUCAAGAUUAUAUCAGUAAAGUAGUUGGUUUCCCUAAUCCUCACUUUCCUUCAGAUCAUAUUCCUAUUAUGGUAGAAUUAAAGUUUAAAACACAACAGAAAAAAGAAAGCAUGAAAGCGACAACAGAUUUCAGUUCAAAGAUACUAAGGAACAAUAGAUUAAAAUAACAUCAAAUAAACUUACCAAAAAAAAAAAAGAAAAGUGUGUACAACGAUUUAUUUAAGUCAAAAAAAAAAAAAG